AUGACUUCCACUGCUUCGAGUCCCCUACCCCUCUCCGGCUUUCUGCCUGUCGCCUCAACCCACGUCCUCCAGUCGCAGCGCCCGCAAUCGAAUAAGCUUAGCCCCUCAUCGAUUCCGAACUCUAGCGGCGCCGCCGGAUACUCUGACAUCCCAAAAUCCGCUGCAACAUCGCCCAACAACACGCCGUUUCAGGGACCUGGUUUCCUUUCAAACAGCGGUAGCAAUCAAAGCAACAUCCAAUCUCCAACUCCAAAUUUCUUCAUGUCCAACCCGCUGGUACUGUCCCCGCAGGUCAGCACCAACUGCAGCGCCGCCCUGCGCGAUUUCCACCUGUCGGAUUCGCAUUCUGGCCAUAACUCGCCCGCCGCGAGCUCAGAUACCUAUUUCGAUGAAGACGAUAUGGAAAUUGAUAUGACAAUCGAGGAUCCGUUUGGCCGAAAUAAGAUGAAUCCAUCGCCGCCAUCCCACGCCACAACUGGAAAUAUAAACGAGGCGCCGCAAAAGAUCAAAUCUAUAGUCAGUGCUAGAAAUACUGCGGAGACAAGAAAUGCAUGCCCAACGCUCCAUGCACAUCAAUUCGAACUUCUACGGACGUUAGGUACUGGGACAUUCGCUAGAGUUUGGCUAGUUAGGCCGAAGCGGGAAUACAGAACUUCAGGGACGGAAUUCUAUGCACUAAAAGUGCUCAAGAAGAAAGAUGUGGUCAAGCUCAAACAGGUUGAGCAUGUGCUCAAUGAACGCAUGCUGCUGAGUGUUUCACGGCCGCAGCCGUUCAUCGUUGACCUAUUUGCCUCCUGGUCGGACCGAGAGAAUUUAUACAUGCUACUGGAGUACUCACCCGGCGGCGAAGUUUUCACCUACCUCCGAAAGAUGCGCCGGUUCAACCAGGUUCAAACGCAAUUUUACAUUGCAUCAGUCACACUUAUUUUAGAGUUUUUGCACGACCGUGGAAUCGUCUACCGUGACCUAAAGCCUGAAAACAUCUUGUUGGAUGCAAGAGGCCACGUGAAGCUGGUUGAUUUUGGGUUUGCAAAGAGAAUCGGCUCUCAAGAAACCUAUACUCUAUGCGGUACACCCGAAUACCUCUCCCCAGAGGUAAUCCAAUCUCGAGGUCACACCACGGCUGUCGAUUGGUGGGCCCUCGGCAUUCUUACAUAUGAAUUCCUUUGCGGUUUCCCGCCGUUUUACGAUAACUCCCCGUUCGCUAUUUAUGAAAAGAUUGUUCAGGGGCGGAUAUCUUUUCCGGCAUCAUUAGACGAAACCACUAGAGAUUUUGUUAGUAGGUUGUGUGAGGCAGAUCUUUCAAGCCGAUUGGGGAACUUGGUCAAUGGUGCUAGAGACGUCAAGAACCAUCCAUUCUUCUUUGGCAUUGAUUGGAAAGCUUUGGGGGAGCAGAAGAUGAAUGGGCCGUUGGUACCUGAGUUGUCGUUUCCCGGUGAUACAAGGUACUUCGACGAAUAUCCACACCCGUCGCCAGAUUUUGAACCCUAUAAACCGGAAUCACACCCACAGGAAGAGAACUUUUUCAGAGAUUUUUAA